AUGCUCAGGCUGCUGGUCUCUUUUCUUCUUGUGGCCCUUGCCUCAGGCUGUGGCCAGCCUGCUUAUUUCCCCAACAGCCGGGUGGUGAAUGGGGAAGAUGCUGUGCCCUACAGCUGGCCCUGGCAGGUCUCCCUUCAGUAUGAAUCGAGUGGAGUCUUUAAGCACACCUGCGGGGGCAGCCUUAUUGCACCUGACUGGGUCAUGACUGCUGCCCAUUGUAUUUCCAACUCCCAACAAUACCAAGUGGUUCUGGGAGAGUAUGACAGGUCUUUAACAGAAGGGGAAGAGCAAGUGAUCCCUAUCAAUUCUGGUGACCUCUUUGUUCAUGAAAAAUGGAACGCCAACUGUGUUGCCUGUGGGAAUGACAUCGCUCUCAUCAAGCUGUCUCGAAGUGCUCAGCUCAGUGAUGAAGUCCAGCUGGGGUGCCUUCCCCCUGCCAAUCUCACCCUGCCCAACGAGACACCCUGCUACAUCACCGGCUGGGGCCGCCUCUACACUAAUGGCCCCCUCCCUGACAAGCUGCAGCAGGCCCUGCUCCCCGUGGUGGACUAUGAGCACUGCAGUGCGAGGGACUGGUGGAGCAUCUCUGUGAGAGACACCAUGGUGUGUGCCGGAGGGGACAUUCGCUCUGGCUGCAAUGGUGACUCUGGAGGACCCCUUAACUGCCAGGCUGAUGAUGGCAGCUGGCAGGUCCACGGUAUUGCCAGCUUCGUCUCUGCCUUUGGCUGCAACACCAAAAAGAAGCCCACGGUGUUCACCCGAGUCUCAGCCUUUAACGACUGGAUUGAAAAGGUAAUGGCAGAACAUUAAAGAAGACCUAGACGAG